GGAAUGGCCUGAACCUAACUAAACACGCCCAGCUUAGGUGCUGGCUGGAGAAAGACUUGGUAUUACCUGAAUUCCAUAGCCUGCACAGCCAACAUGCAGCUCACGGCCGGUUCCGUUCAACAGGGUGCGGUCCAGAAUGGUCGCCGACCAUCGACGGCGUUGUCCAGGGGUCCAUCACAUGUCAAUUUGCGCCCGCGACAGCUCCAACACCAGCUGGCUCCGUCGCAUAUGGCGGAGUUCCGUGCCGGCUGCCCGGCACCCCUGCGGGCCGUGAAGGCUGACAUCUCCACAGAUCAAAUGGACGCUGCUAUGCUGCGUGCAAUUUCGAGCGUAUCACAGCAGGUGGACGAAGCAGUUGCUGCCACGGUUUUCAGCAACAAUGAAGCUGCGAGGCGCAUUGAGUUUAACCCAGACUCAGAGCUGCGGAAGCGUGUCGUGGCAUCCAUUCAAAAACUUGCAAAGGGACUGCUGGAGAGGGAUGUCGAGGUCCGCUUGCUGUUGCUCGCUGCGCUCUGUUGCGAGCACCUGCUGCUUCUGGGUCCACCAGGUACCGCCAAGUCGGAACUCUCCCGGCGCCUCUCCUCGCUGUGCGGUGGCACCUACUUUGAGCGGCUGCUGACGCGAUUCUCGGUCCCCGAGGAGCUCUUCGGACCGUUGUCCAUGAAGGGCCUGGAGAACGAUCUGUAUGUACGGCAAACCGAGGGCUACCUGCCAACUGCCGAGGUGGCUUUUGUGGACGAGAUCUUCAAGGCCAACUCCGCCAUCCUCAACGCACUGCUGACGCUGCUCAACGAGCGCCUCUUCGACAACGGCAACCAGCGGCUGGAGGCGCCGCUGCUGUGCCUGGUGGGUGCUUCCAACGAGAUGCCGGAGAGUGAGGAGCUCGAUGCGUUGUACGACCGCUUCCUCAUCCGCCGUACAGUGUCGCAGGUGUCCAACAACCAGCUCUACAAGCUAGCGCGCCUGGCAGCAGGACGCAAGGACCACACCCUAACCGGGGUGGCGGUUGCCGGCCACAACGGUAACGGCAACGGUAACGGAAUCCAGGCAGAGGGAGCGGCGGCAGAGGUGCUGAGGAUGGAUGAUUUCCGCGGUACGGCAACUGACGCGUACGGAUCGGUUGACGUACCGGAUUCCGUUAUCGACUUGCUGACGUCGCUCCGGAAUUACCUGCAGGACAAGUGCGAGCCGCCCAUGUACGUGUCCGACCGGCGCUUCAUGAAGGCCGUUCAGAUGCUGCAGGUGGCGGCUCACGCAGACGGCAGGGAGCAGGUCAACGAGUACGACUGCCUGCUGUUGGAGCAUGUGUUCGGCAACCGGCCGGAUGACGGGGCGCGGGUGCGGGGGCAGGUGCUGGACAUCAUUGCGGCGGACCCGGGGCUGCAGCAGGCUGAGUUGGUGCUGCUGGGCCUGUUUGGGCGCACGUGCCGCAUUCUGGAAGGCCCCUCCGAGCCCGCCGACCUGGCGUCCGCCGCCUCCGAGGUGGGGCAGCUGCUGGAGCUGCUGAGUGCCAGGCAUGCGGGGCUGGCUGCGAACCUGGAGGGUGAGGGUUUCCCCGAGUUGCGCGCCACGCUGUGGCAGGCGGAGGCGAGUGUGGCGGCGGCGGUGCAGGCGCUGGUGCCGCAGAUGACAGAGAACCGGAAGAAGGUUGAGGACCUGCUGCGGGAGGCGCACACCCUGGCUGCCGUACUCCGCACCCCCGGCGCCUCCGCGCCCCUGCUGGAGCGGCUGCUGCCUAAGCGGUUCAAGCAGUACCAGAAGGGAAUCAGCGCCAAGGUGUAAGCGCAUAUGCGGAGGGGGGUCGGCGUGACCCAUGGGUCACUGGCGGGGCCGAGGAGGAGGAGGAGGAGCUAGGGCUGACGGAGUUGGUGGGGUGUGGGAAGCAGUGGAGAAGAAUAAAUACGCUGUUUAUGCAGGUCGCAGGGGGAGAAAGCAGAAGCGCGUGAUUGGUGAGACUGUCUGACGGUUAUACGGUUUUCUGUACGACAAGGGAACCGGGGAUAUGUGUACACAGGGACCAUAUUGCAAAUUCACGCAAGCAAGCAGUCGUAUCCCGUCCAGAUGCAUCAGAUUGCGGGUUCUUGGAAUAAAGUUGUGCCGAUGACGUAGUUGGGGCCGCAUGUUGGUCAGCUGCAUGCGUGGACAGGUGCAAGGAUGUCACGUUUGGCAGGGUACACCAGUGCUGGGCGGAGCUUGGAGCGGGGUUUGCGCGGAGGGCUCGCUGCGGCCGCAUUGGCUGCGCAGGGCUGAUGCCGCACCGAGCGGAAGGAGGGGGUGUUGACAGUGAACACACACGUGAACGUUCAUACCACUGCACUGCACCACAUCACACAC